UCCAUACAUCUUGGAUUUUCUUCUAUCCAAAAAUAUUUACCUCACUUUCUGUACAUUGCGUCAGCAUACAACGUCAUUUGUCAUUCCACCAUUUCUCGAGAAAACCAGCACCACAGCACCGCAGCUCUUUUAAUUCAGAUUAUUCGUCAAUACGAUGCCAGCACUCGAUGAAAUAAAGUCUUCUUGGGCGGAUGAGGUAGAGUUGGACUCUGGCGCACUUCCGCCGCCAACAGAAACGAUUGAAAAUGGUCAAAAAAUUGUCACCGAGUAUAAAUACAACAAAGACGAUAAGAAAAUAAAAGUGGUGCGCACGUACAAGAUAACACGAUUGGUUGUGCCUAAAAGCGUGGCUAAAAGGAAAAGCUGGGCUAAAUUCGGCAACUCGGAAAAUGACAAACCUGGUCCAAAUCCGGGAACCACAAUGGUUUCGGAAGACAUAUAUAUGCAGUUUGUGAGCAACAAAGAAGAGGAGCAGAAGUCAGACAAUGCAUUGGAUUCUCUCAAAAACGUUGCCAAGUGUCGUAUUUGCGAGGGCGAGCAUUGGUCCGUGCAAUGUCCAUACAAAGGAACUACAUAUGAAACUGGAAAAGCUAAGCCUGCUCCAACUAUGGAACAAGAAAAUCAAAUGACUAUGAACGAGAAUAUCAAGAGUGGAAAGUACGUUCCGCCGAGUAUGCGCGAUGGACAGAAAAUGGGUAUUGGAGGUGGCAAUCAACGCGGACGUGACGAUACCACCGCUAUUCGUAUUUCCAACUUGUCAGAGGCAAUGACCGAAGCUGAUUUGGAAGAGUUGGUGAAGCGGAUUGGUCCGCACAGUAAAAUGUUCUUGGCUAGGGACAAAAAUACCGGACUUUGCAAAGGUUUUGCUUACGUUCAUUUCAAAUCUCGGCGUGAUGCUGCUACAGCCAUCGAGUUGCUCAAUGGACAUGGUUACGAUCAUUUGAUCCUGAACGUAGAAUGGUCUAAACCACAGAAUCCUCAGUAAGCCAAACUGGAUCAGAUGGUAUACAUUUAUAACACUCUAAUAUGUGUAUUACAAAUUACAUUUCGGAUUUA